UUAAAAAAUCCAGACCAUCAUGAGCAAGGCUGCGGUUGCAGUCGAUGGGCGUCGGCGAGAAAUUGAUGAUGAAUACGCUGAAUUGCGAAAAGAAUUGGCUGCGUGCAGAGAUCAGCAUGCGAGGCAGAUGUCAGUUCUUGAUGAAACUUCUGCAAAGCUCAGAAACUUAUUUUCAGAAAAUGAUUCUCUUCAGAGUGAAGCCCUCCGAAGAAACCAUGUGGAAAUGGAAGAAAUGAAGACUUCUGAAGCAGAGUUGACAAUGCGUGUUGGAGAUCUCACUGCUGCGAAAGAUGCACUCACAUUGGAGUGUACCAGUUUACGGGAAAAGUUGGAGGCGGUCCAUCAUGAGACUUUUCAAUUGAAAUCACAGUUGGGCUCCAAAGAGCAGACUUUAGCAUUGGAGUUGAGUUUGAAGAGAAAGGCAGAAGCCAGAAAUGAACACUUGCAAUCAGAGCUUUGUGCAUUGGAAUCCAGGUAUGCCAAGCAAGGAACGCAUGUUCAGCUGUUGCUUCGAGAGAAAGAACGUUUAUGGAGCCGAUUGAACCGCUCUAGGGCAGCAAGCGAUUCAACAAGGAAGGAGAGUUGCAAGGAACCUCAAGCAGACUUGCCAAAAGAAUGUCAAGCAAAGGUGCAAACUUCGUCGUUGAGAAUCUCACGCGAGUCAUCAGCAAAGGUGCGAACUUCUUCAGCAGUUGCCGAGCUAGAGCGAAAGUUGUGGCACACCCAGAAGGCGUUGGAUCGUGAACGAGCAAGUCAUGAGACAACCAAGUCUGAGCUUGCAGCUAGUGGGGCAAUCAAUCAGGGUGAUUGCAGCGGGGGUUGCUGAGAGGCCAGAUGACUUGCGUGUGAAGAUGCAGAAAACAUUUUUUUUUGUUUCGCAAGGAA